AUGUCCGCUUCAGAUUCUUCCUCCUCCUCACAGUCCGAAUACGUGACUCUGGUGUCCGGCGAUGGAUUCGAAUUCGUCAUCCCGCGCAGCACAGCCUGUGUGUCCGGGACGAUACGUCGCAUGUUAGAGCCGUCUAGUCGUUUCUCAGAAUCCGUUACCGGUCGAUGCGUCCUCGAGAAUAUCAGCGGCAUCGUGUUGGAGAAAGUGUGCGAGUAUUUCUGCUACAAUGAGAAGAAUAAGAACCAGACGUAUGUCCCGGAUAUGGAUAUUCCGCCGGAGUUGUGUUUGGAGUUGUUGAUGGCGGCGGAUUAUUUGGAUGCUUGA